UUUGCGUUUAUUUUCUGCUGUUUCAACACGUGCUUUUUGUUUAUGGUGCUGUUGUAAAUGUUGUGAACGCGUUAAGUUAUUAUUCGUAGAGAAAAUGCAACAGAAUGAAUCCCAGAUGAAAGAGCAGAGGUAAAAGAAGCACGAUAAACCUGGAAAUGGUAUCCACUACUGCAACAGUGACACAGACGCGCAGGGCAGGCAGCCGGAUCUUCGCUCCUGCCCGUGCCCUGGGGCUGGUCAGCAACCACGUGCCACACGCGCUGAGGUACAUACGCUCCCGCAAGGAGCACCUGGUCGUGACGUGUAUCGGGAAGGCGUUCCACACGUACGGGCUGUCGCACCUUGCCCUGCUCAGCACCAGCCCGCAGCACGCAGAGGACAUAUCCUGCCUUGCGGCCGACACCUACCACGUCUACACUGCGGCCGGCUCACAGAUAUUUGCAUGGCGGCGUGGUGCGGAACUCCAACAUACCUAUGGGCAGCCCGGUGGCCCAGAUGUGAAGCUUUUGCUGCCAUUCGGUCCGCACCUGGUUGCGGUGGACAGCAGAGGAGUGUUGCGUGUGUGGGACAUUAAGGCCGAGGAUGUCUACACGGAGCUCAGCUUCGAAUGCAGUUUGUUCGAGCCCUCUGCACUGGUGCACCCGAGCACGUACCUCAACAAGAUACUGCUGGGCAGCAGACAGGGACAGAUGCAGCUGUGGAACAUUCACAAAGGUGCACUGAUACACACUUUCAAAGGCUGGAGGUCCCCAGUGACUGUGCUCGCCCAAUCUCCAGCUGUCGACGUGGUGGCUGUCGGCUUGGAAGACGGCCGAAUCGUCCUGCACAAUCUGCGCUUUGAUGAAAGCAUAGCCACACUUGUGCAGGACUGGGGCCCCGUCACGGCAGUGGCCUUCCGCACCGACUCGAGCCCGGCGGCGCGGCCACUGAUGCUGAGUGCGGCGCCCUCGGGCCACGUGGUGCUGUGGGACCUGGACAAGCGACGUGCAUGCGGUCAGUUGACGGGCGGGCACGCGGGCGCGGUGGUCGGCAUGAGCUGCCUGCCGGGGGAGCCUGUGCUCGUCACCAACUCUGUGGACAACUCGCUCAAGGUGUGGCUGAUGUCUGAUGGUGAUUCUGGAGAGCCUCCGAGAUUGCUGCGGAUGCGUGAGGGUCAUUCGGGGACGCCAAGCUGUGUUCGUUUCCAUGGAACUGUUGACUCACGGAAUUUGGUCACAGCAGGAAGUGAUUCGACACUACGAAUCUUUUCUACAAUCAAUGAGACUUUUAACAAGAGUCUCGGGCGGGCAUCGUAUAAUCGUAAGGCAUCUAAAAAACGGAAAGGAGGCAUUGCUGAAGAUCCACUGAUUAUGCCCCCCAUCACUAGUUUUGCAUAUGAAACCACGCGUGAAAAGGAGUGGGACGGGAUUGCGGCUGUGCACCUCGGAGUGCCCUUUGUCACUACCUGGUCGUAUGACAAACUGAGAAUGGGAGACCACAGGCUAAUGCAUGAAAGGUUUAACAAUUUCAAGGGUGACCGAUCUCUCUCUAAUUCCUAUGCGACGUGCGUGUGCAUCACUCGCUGUGGCAACUUUGCAGUGGUCGGGAUGAGUUCUGGCCACGUGGAUCGUUUCAACAUCCAGUCGGGUAUCCACAGGGACACGUAUGGAACCCCUACUGCUCACACGGGGGCCGUGAGGGGCGUCGCUACUGACACCCUCAACCAGGUUACAGUCACUGUGGGUGCAGAUAGUAUGCUUCGGUUUUGGCGGUUCAAGUGUAAAGGUACAAAGCCACUGUCGAAAGUGGACCUGGAUGAGCGACCACUGUUCCUGCGGACACAUCACGAGUCGUCUCUGAUUGCCAUUGCCCUGGAAGACUUUUCAGUGUCGGUGGCAGACACAGAGAGUCGCACAGUGGUGCGGAAGCUGGCCGGACACCCGGGUGCGCAGAUCACAGACGGGGCUUUCAGUCCCGACUCACGGUGGCUGGUUACUGCCGGCACUGACUGCCGUAUCCGCACGUGGGAUCUUCCUUCGGGAAAACUUGUUGAUUCGUUUCAGACCGAUUCAGCGUGCACAUCUAUCAGCUUCUCAGCUGUCGGCGACCUGCUGGCGACGACACACGUGGACUACAUGGGUGUGUUUCUGUGGGCGAACAGAGCCCUCUUCAAGCACAUCGCACUGCAUCCUCUCGAUCCACUGGAGGACAGUGAGGCGGAGGCACUCGUCACAUUGCCAGUUUCUGCCCCAGACGAAGGUGCAAAUAUCAGUGCUGAAGAUCUCGAUGCACCUGACAGAGAUGAGGAUGGAGAAGACGUGGAGAGGCCACAGUCUCCAGAUCAGAUAUCAGAGGGCUUGGCCACUCUGUCUGGGGUCGCAGCUGUGCGCUGGCAGAAUUUGCUUAUGCUUGAUGUGAUCCGCAAACGAAAUAAACCGAGGGAGCCACCAAAAACUGUAAAGUCAGCUCCAUUCUUCUUGCCAACUGUCCCGUCAUUGAGUGGUGAAGUCCAGUUUGAUGUGGAAUCAGAGAAGCAAACUGAAAAAGGCAAAGAGCUCGACAGCAGUCGUGCCCUGGUACCAUCCAGCCUGACGGUGUUUGGCAAACUGCUGAGGGACGCCGGGGAGGAGGGGGCGGAUCCGACACCUGCCCUGGAGAAGCUGCGCCAGCUUGGCCCGGCCGCCCUCGAGGUGGAAGUGCUGUCCCUCGCGCCUGAGGGUGGUGGAUCGGUUUCCCUCAUGGCCACAUUUAUAAAGCUCCUGACUAAUGCCAUGAGGAACGGCAAGGACUUUGAGUUGGCGCAGGCGCACUUCGCGCUCUUCCUGAAGCACCACGGUGACCGCGCAGCGUCUGAGCCGCAGCUACGCGCCCUGUUGCCGACUGCGGCGGAGGCGCAGGCGGCGGGCUGGCAGCGGCUGCAGGACCGCCUCAUGGCGUGCCUCGCCAUUGUCUCAUUCUUCAGGACUUCGUAGACUGUGUGAGGAGCUGUGUGCUGAACUUUAGACUGUGCACGCAAAGAGCUAGAGACUGUGUUUAAAGUGGUGUGCCUUCAGAGACACUCUUCACUGUCCCUUCAGUUGGAUUGUACUGGUGUGUAACAGUUUGUAACAAGUUGUGAUGAUGUGGACCCCAGUUGGACCAUUGUGUUUGUUUUGAAUACCGUAUUUGGUAUUUAACUGAAUAUUGCCUAAUGCUUGGUCGCAUUAUAAGUGGCAGGGAUGUAGGUAAGGUUAGGGGGUCAGAAGAGGGACAUUACUAAACUUCUCUGCUUUUACUACUGAAAGCUGAUUUGUAUUUAUAUUGAACUCCAGGUACGAAUGUCAGCAACAUAGGAAAAGAAAGAUCGCUACUUACUGUGAAGAAGACAUGAUAAGUUGCAGACAGGCACAAUUAAAAGACACUCACAUAUCGCUUUUGGCCACAGCCUUCGUCAAUUAAAGACACACACACACACACACACACACACACACAGAGAGAGAGAGAGAGAGAGAGAGAGAGAGAGAGAGAGAGAGAGAGAGACAAGCAAGCAUACCUCACACAUGACCACCAACUCCAGCAUUCCUUCCCGAGGUGAUGGAAUCGGUGGUCAUGCACGUGUGAGGUGUGCUUGCUUAUGUGUUUGAAUGCUGCACGUGUGUGUCUCUUCUACUGACAAAUGCUGUGGCCGAAAGCUAUAUGUGAGUGUCUUUUAAUUGUGCCUGUCUGCAACUUGACGCGUCUUCUUUAUGGUAAGUAGCACUACUCUGUCUUUUCCUAUAUUGUUGUAUUUGUACUGAUACGACACAGUUCAUAACAAGUUGUGAUGUUCAACAUUACUGGAUUGUUGAGUUGGAUUUCAAGUGUUUGGCAUUUAAAGUAAUACUGGCAAUUGCUCAGGUUUCCUUGUAUCUGUCAAGGAGGAUGGGAGGGGAGGGGGCGGGAAUUUCUAGAAGAGGAAGGAAGUUUGCUUAACUUCUCUGGUAUCGUUGCUGAAAGCUGACGCUGUAUCUGUAGCCAUUUGUAAAUGACAUUCUGUGAAUGGGGCACAUGUUGUGCAAUGACACAGCUUACAAAUUAAACUUGAGUGACGAAGGGAGAUCUUUUGAAGAAGCUCAACCUUUUAAAAUAGAGAAAUGAUAUUUGAAAGUCCUGAGUGGAAUACCAACAAUGGACAAAAUUAGUGUGACCACUUACGAUAUAGUUGUGACAUUAAACAGGAACAAAAACAAAACUGAAAAUGUUGCGGAACUUUCAUACAUUAUUCUCAUCAGGGCUAACAACAACAGUGAAAACACACACAUACACUCAGAGAGAGAGAGAGAGAGAGAGAAAAUGGGUGGGGGGUAGACGCACGCAGUCGAUUGUUCUGGCUGACUACAUUGUCAAGUUCUCAAGCACUGAAGCUCUAAUGGGACAGAAUAUCACCUGACAAAAGGGAACUGAAGACCAAUCCCUGGUGGCAGCAUUGUCGUAUUUAUGGCCAAGAAAGAGGGAAGGAGGCUGUAAUGGCAUAAAUUCCUGGUAUUCUUAUAAGUGGAACACUAUAUAUCUAUAUACCAUUGCCACGCAUACCUCAACGCUUACCUUCACUUUUGUUUGCAAAAGUUCUGUCAGACUGUCACUGUGACAACAUUUGUUCAUAGUGUAAUGUGAAUGAACACAUGUGUUGUCUCAAUAAACCAUGGACCUCUUUAUUUCUGAUGCUUCAUUUUUUCAUGAACAUCUAACAUAGUACUGCCUUUUUUGAAACUGUGUAGUUUUUGUGCAUGAUGACUCAUUUAUUCUGGCCGUAAACUAAAUCUCACUGACAGAACACUUUUUUGUAUUCCUUUCUAUCCUUGUUCUGUGAGAUAAAAGCUGUGAAGAUAUUGCAAAGUUAGUAUUUCAUUUUGUUGUUUGCUGAAAUUGGUGCAUAAUAACACAGUUUUACACAUCUUCUUCUUAUUAUUGUCUUUUUGCACUAUGGAGUUGGCAUUGUUUUUCAUGGGUUGAGGCAGUGUUAGCAACAAUUGGUACCUGGAUGACCUUCCUGAUGCCACCCCUCCCCCAUCUGUCCACAUCUGUUGUAAGUCUCACUUGCAAGUGCGAGGAUGUUUUACAAUUGUUUGCAUAGCCUGUAUCUGGGGCAGGACAUGGGUACCAACCCAUUAUUUGUUGGUUGUGGCAAACUGCCUAAAAACAACAUCCAGGCUGGCUCACUUUCCAGCUCUCGUCGUCAGUUCACGAGGGGCAUCUAGUCCGGAGAAGGCUUGCCUCCCUGAGUCUCGGGAGCAGCAUUUUAACACACUGGGCAAUCCAUGUGAUUUAACACAGUUAUACUCAUCAUUUGUGUGAUAUUUAUUGUGUGCACUUUCUCUCUUCUUUCUUCAGGCAGAUUCCAGAAUGCCAAUUGCUUAACCUUGUGUCCUCCUACCAUAAUUCACCAUCUAAUGUAUCAACAUUGAUAUUUUGCUUGCCAGUUUCAUUACCUUUUCCAUGUUCACAGUUACUUCUUCUCAUUGCUUAUAAAUUAGUUUUGUUAACACUAAGCUGUCUUGGAUGCCUGCAGAAGCAUUUUCCCUUGUAAACAUAUAUAAGAAAACAAAGCCUGUUGACUGCUGAAGACUUCAACUCUCUGGAGGCAUUCACAUUUGCUUGUGGCAUUAUUUAUAUUCCUUUAAACUAUAUCACCAAGUAGUAGAACUGUGCUUUGUACCUCUUCUGUGGUUUGUGUGUUGAAUGAGUUAGCUCAGUUCACUUUGUGCGAAGAAAGAUUAUCUCGGUGCAAGUAUUACAGUCCUUUAUGUCUCAUUACUAAUAUGUUGUUUUCAGUGAAAGACUAGGUUGGACAAUCCGAUUCUUGUUUGUAAUUACGUGAAUAUUUCUGUCUUCUCUUCCAGAUGCUAGAGAAAAGAAGGUAUGUCAAUCUGCAUUUCAAAUUGUACUGACAUUUUGUCUUUUGGCCUGUAAUUGGAUACCCAGUGCUGUUAAGCAAUAAUGGACUUGAAGCAGUACCAGUGAUGCAACUGAAUUGCAGUGGCAGAUUUACUGCAGUGUGUAGUCUUCAUUACUUGCUGAGUAGAUUGCUUGAUUUACAUUUUAAAAAUUACCAACCUGUGCACUCUAGGUAAUGGUGUAGCUAUUUCAGUUGAGCAAUACAGUAUACUGUCUCACUGUCGAGGCAAUGGUUAUGAAGUCAUUCUAUCGUGACAGAAGUAUUUUUUCCCAUUUAAUUGUGUGUUCAAUACUUGUGACUAUCAAAAGAUUUGGAGUCCACUGAUGAUGAGCUGGUGGUUUUGCCCAUAGCAAAAGAAUGAGAGGAUUAAAUGCUGGCAGUGGUAGUUGGUAGUGACAAGAGGGGAAAUGAGUGUGAAUAAACUAAUGAGAUUUGAAGAUGCAUACAGAAACUUUCUUCCAUGCUUUUUUCAUUAUGGCUGUAGUUGCAAACUUGCUGUAAUAAUUGCACUGUGCAAGAUGUGUUCUUUACUCAACAGUUAAUUUUGUUUUGGAUGGGUUCUCAAAAGGGGUGAAUAUGAGAUGUCUGUCAUCCUUAUGUAUUUAUUUUUCUUCAUAUCGAAGGGCCAUUAAAUUCAUUAUGCAUGACAAGAGUACUUUUUAAUUUGUAGUAACUAAGGAUUUCAUUCGUAUAGAUUUUUCUUUACACACACUUUAAGAGGAUACUGCAAUUCAUGCUUGCUAAUGAAUGGAACUGGAACUGGAACUGGUGCACUGUUGCAGAACUGUCAGGCAGUGUAGGUAUUUAAUAUUUUAUGUGAGUGAUGUCUUCCAUCUUGUGUUGUAUUUUGUACACCAAUGUAUCUGUAAAUGAAAUUUAUAUAUAAAAACAAAUUUUGUUAAUA